GGGCGGGGAGAGGUGGGGAGCGAUGCUUGUGUGUGAGCAGCAGCAGCCGGGGCUGGCAGAGUGGCCUGGAGGCGGGCCAGGGCGCCAUGGAGGCAGGGGGCUCCCCAGGUUUGGAACAAAGACCUCACAGGCAGGUCCCCUGAGCCUGGGCCAGCAGGAUGGUGGUGGAGCCCGAGAGAGGCAGCAGGUAGGAUGGCCGGUACUGAGAGAAGCUGGCGGUGACUGAGGCGCCCGCAGUGGCAGCUCUGUCUCCUGAAGAUGAGGUGGCCCAGGUGAAGCCCAGGCUAGGUCCCAUGGCCAGCUCCAGGACGGAGGUGCGCUGGCCCGAGCUGGGCCUGGGGAGGGGGCCCCAGCGGCGGCGCUGGGCCUGGGCUGAAGAGGAAAAGGAUGCCAAGGGGAGCGAGGGAAAAGAGGGGGCCUUUCCCAAUGCCACCAGCCCCGAGCUCCUGGAAGACUUCCGGCUGGCCCAGCAGUGCCUUCAGCCGCUGGAGUGGGACCCGCGGGCUGCUGACAGCCAGGAUUCCGAAUCGGGAGAGUCUGCGGGAGAGGAGUUUGAAGCAGAGAAUGUGGACAGCCCAGAAAGUUCCAGCUUGCCUCUCAACUGGCUGCCCGAGCAGGAUCCUCACCUGGCCAUGACUGAAGAGUUGCUGGAGGAAACCCUUGGAGGUCCUGAGGUGGAGGAAGCUGGAGACAGUUCCCCAAGAUUGGAGUAUGAGACUGGUCUCAGCUCAGGGGGCAAUGGAAACACCAGCCCCAGGGCUCUGGGAUGGGGUCAGGACAUGGGCUGGGUGGCCUCUGGCAAACAAGCCAGUGGAGACAAACAUCCAGAACAUUCUGAGGACAACCCAACUGUCGACCUCAGCUCUUCAAGGUCCUGGAGCAGUGGGACCGUGAGCCUCGACCACCCCAAUGACAGCCUUGAUUCUACCUGGGAAGGAGAAACUGAUGUCCCCCAGCCCGCUGGCCUGGCAGAAACCUUACCGCAAAACUCCAGUCACCACCUCCUAAGCCCAAACACCAGCACUGGAGGAAGUGUUGCUCUGGCAACCCCCACAGAAUUCCAAGACUCCUCAGUACCCCAGGCCCAGAGCCUCCAGGGUCCAGCAGAUAAGUGGAAAGAAAGUACCAGCCUCUCCUACCCUCAGUUGGGGGACGAAGCCUGGAAACGGACACGGACAUCCCCUAAGACACUCCCUUCUCGAUUCACUGGCUCUGUCAGCCCCCUGAAUCCGCCUAGGUCAGGCCGGCAAGACAGGCUGCCGCCCAGGCAGGGAGCCACUCUGGCUGCCCAUUCAUCUUCUGAUGCCUCCAAGUAUGGGCGGGGGCAGCUGAACUACCCACUCCCUGAUUUCUCCAAGGUGGGACCCCGGGUAAGGUUCCCCAAAGAUGAGAGCUACCACCCCCCCAAGGCCAGGAACCACAGCAGGCAGCCCCAGGGCCCUGCCAGGCCGCUGAUCUUCAAGUCUCCUGCUGAGAUCGUGCAGGAGGUUCUGCUGAGCAGCGGAGAAACCUGCCCGGCCAAGGACCCACCUGCUACACACCCCAUCACCAGGGUACCCCAAGAAUUUCAGACACCUGAGCAAGCCACCAAGCUGGUCCAUCAGCUCCAGGAGGACUACCACAAGCUCCUCACCAAGUACGCCGAGGCUGAGAACACCAUUGACCAGCUGCGCCUUGGGGCCAAGGUGAACCUGUACUCGGACCCGCCCCAGCCCAGCCACAGCAUCCACACAGGGACGGUGCCCCAGGGGACCAAGGUCUUGUCCUUCACCAUCCCACAACCCCACUCUGUGCUGCGGUGGUUGGGCCCUGCCGAAGCCCCACAGAUCCCUGGGGCCUCAGGGUGGCCGUCUGCUCAAGGAGACCUGAGCCCGUCCUCGUCUGCCCCAGCGUGGCUUCUGGAGAACCCAGGCAUCACCCAGGACCAGCCCUCAGCAGAGCAGACCCGGGAGUUGGCCUCUCAGGCCCGCCGGUUCAUGGCCAAGGUGGAGUCCUUUGAGGGACUGAUACAGGCGGGACGUCUGACAGCCCAGGACCAACUCAAGGUGUUCCAGCGCCUAAAGGCUGCCCACGCAGCCCUGGAAGAGGAGUACCUGAAGGCCUGCAGGGAGCAGCCGCUGGCCCAGCAGAUUGCCGGAUCCCAGGGGAUGCCUGGAAAAUUCGAUCCUGGCAGGGAGCUUGAGGAGGAGAUAUUCCAGCUGGGAAUUCGCCUGGAAGAGCUGAAGGACCACAUGGACCAGAACCAGCAGGAGCCUGGGCGAGUCGGGUCAGACUCCCCUCCGGACAGCCUCCCAGCCUCGCCCUCCCCAUGCCAGCCAGCAGGCCUGCCUUCUCCUUCAGGACAAGCCCCCACUGCCACCGUCCAGACCCUCUGCCCUCAGCCUGCUGCCGCCAGCAGCAUGGGCCCCUAUGCUUCAACCGUGAAUGUGGAGCUUAGCCCUGUGAGCAGUGAGGGGAACAGGCCCUUGGGCCUUUCGGCCCCACUCAGGCAUGAGGAGCUGGAGGUGGAGCAGGGUCUCCGUGGCCUCCUGGAGCGGUAUCUCAGCACGACGUCCCUCCCAGAAGCCGUGAGGAUAGAGGACGACGAGGAGGAGGAGGAGGAGGACGGGCAAGGCCAUAGAGUGGAAGUUGAUGGGCCAGCUCCAGCUCUAGGAAACUCCAAGGCCACCAGGAUCCCCAUAAGGCGGCUCCCAGCCCUGGACAAACGACGUCACGGGGCCCCUGUCACGGAGACGGCAGAGCAGAUGGGGUCCGUGAAGUCGGCAGGCAUCCAUGCAUCCGCGGCCAGAAAUGGGUACCUCCAGGGCUCGGACAAAGCCAUGGCAGCUUCUCCAGGCCCGAGCAGGCCACCUCACCCUCAGGGCACCAAGACCGCGGGAUCGCACCGGAGCAGUCUGACCAGCUUAGAGGGAAGCGGCAUCUCUGAGCACCUUCCACAGAAGUCUCUGCGCCAAGCUGGGGGGUCCCCUCCAGAGGAGCCCUGGAUGGCGUCCCCAGAGACAGACAGUGGCUUUGUGGGCUCAGAAACCAGCAGAGUGUCGCCCCUCACCCAAACACCAGAGCACCGACUCUCCCACAUCAGCACCGCGGGAACGUUGGCCCAGCCUUUUGCUUCAUCUGAGCCUCGGGAUGCAGCCUCCCACCCCCAGACCAGGGCUCCUCCAGUCCCCAGAAGAGCCGUGGAACCCAGCACACCCAGGAGCCAAGCCCAGAGGCGACCCUCGGGCCGGACCAGUCCUCUGCAGCAGCGGGCACCGAGCCUCCGCGCAGAGCGGACGCUAGUGGCCAAGAUGGCGGUCCCUGGCUCAGAGUUCGAGGGGCGAAAGCAGGUUUCCGAACAGCUCCCCCGCAACGCGACAAUCAGCCCCCCGCCCACCCUGACCCCUGCGGCUGCCACUCUGCCCCCUGGACCCACAGAGAGCGCCCGCACCUUCCUUCUCACCAGGACAGGGCGAGACCAGGCCAUCCGAGAGCUGCAGGAAGAGGUCUCCCGGCUCCGUCUGCGCCUGGAAGACAGCCUGCACCAGCCAGCCCAGGGCAGCCCGACACGCCCCGUGUCCACCCUCAGCCGCCCCACCCGGGCCCGGGCCCGGCCCGCAGAUGCUUCUGUUUCCUGGGGCUCCCACUAUGGCAGUAGAUCCACAGAGAGAUUGUCUGCUGAGCCCGCAGUGGGGGAGCGAGCGGAGCACGCAGGAAGGCGGCGAGCCAGGUCUUCCUCGGUGCCUCGGGAGGUGCCGCCGCUGUCCCUGAGUUCCGAAUCUGAGCCAACCUCCCCCCAGCGGUUCUCUGAGAAGAGCCAGGCCACCGAGGACAGUGCCCAAUCCACUCGGGACAGAAUGAGAAGAGCUGGUGGCACCAGGCGGCCAGAAAGGGUCUCCUUCUGGGGCCAGUACACAGGCAAGGAGUACCAUGUUGUGACCCCCAAGACGUCCCCAAGAUGCAGUGGCUCAGUCUCCUGUCCCCAGUGCCGACCCUCCAGGACCCGGGAAUCAGCUGGCAGUGUCACCAGGGACCCACCAGGAUCGUCCCCGACUGAUCCCCUGCAGUGCCCCCUGUGUGGUCGAGUCAGGCUGCCCCCAGCGACGGAUGGCCCAGACUCAGCCGCCUCGGGGCCAGACAAGGCUGCCAGCAGGAGAAACACACGCCCAGCCUCCAGCCCCAUGCAGCGGAGCAAGCGUGCUGGGUCGCCGGCCCGGCCACCCCCGGGACUGUGGUAUCUGGCAGCUGCGCCCCCAGCACCCACCCCUGCUGCCUUGGGCUACGUCUCCUCGGUUCCCGUCAUGCCUUUUCCAUCAGCCACUGUGUACUAUGUGCCUCCAGGACCUACCUCUGCCUCCUCAGCCCACUCAGCCCCUGCUGACUGGCCUCCCUCGACCCCCUCCCGAGCGGCCAGGGGGCAGCGACGCUCCAUCCAGCUGGACCUGGAGGACCUGGAGGAGCUCAACACGGCGCUCGCAGAAGCCAUGCAGGCCGCUGAGGGCAUCCGCUCCACCACCAAGCACAUGAGCCGCUCCCUGUCUGCCGACCUGCGCCAGACCCGAAGCCUGCGGGGCUCCUGCCUCUUCUGACUUUCCCAGAGACCCAGAACCAGCUGG